AUGUCGAAAAUAGCUCUUCCAUUCAUGCCUUCCAGCACUUCAGCUGGGAGAGCGCCAAACGCGGGGCAAAGAAGCCUUCCCCCGCUUAUCCAAGAAAAGGAACAAAGACCAUCCCAGAUCAAGUUCGUCCGAGCGGCGCAAAUGUGUCUCUUUGCUGAUAUUACUAGCUGGCCACCCCUGGGACAGGUUACUUGCUUGAAAAGGAGUGGGAAUGGGGAUAAGGUCCGGUUUACUGUUCUCCUCCAGUCAAGCCGUUCACUUCCGGAACAGACCUGGGAAGUUUCCAUCUGGCAUAACGUCAAUAACAGGGAUCGUUGGGAAGCUCUCCCUUUGCGAAAGGGUUCAGCAUCCCAAAUGAUUAUGUUGUCAUGGGUCAAUGAUCAGUUCGGAAUGAAAGAUGGGGAACUGGUUUUUGAACCGACCCACUGGCAACUUCUCAAAGGUCUUGAUCCGGUCGCCCAACCGUCGAAGUCGUUAACGGAGUACUUAGAUGAUCUCAAUCCCGAUCUCCAGAUUGAGGCACAUCCAAGUGAAUCUCCAGGUGCAAUUUUAUGGAGCGUGACUGGUUCCAUCUUGUCUGCCGUUGGUGACGAGAGCACAUUCGAAGAGAUAAAAUUCGGCCUCCCGAAAGACUUCGUCAGAUAUUUUGCUCUUGUUCGAAUAUGGGAACCUUGGUUAGCACCUCGACAUGGCCUGAGCAAGCUGACGCUCACGGAGGAUUCCAUUUUUCUAGCAUUUUUGCGCAAGGAUGGAACUCAUCUCGUUCUCCUAGCGAUCAGUGGUGUGGACAAUGUCCUGACUACCUUCAAAUCUGGAGACAAUGGCCAGGUGAUGACUGCUGUGAAGAAUGAUAGUAUCCACAACUCGACAUAUCAGGUCCUAGUUGCAGUGGCGCCUUCUUUCGAGGUUGCCAAUUCUGCUGUCAUGUACGAGGCGCGAAAAGCCUUGGGAAAGCUUUCGGGGACUGGACCACUUUCUCCGUCCAUACCACAGGAGUUGAGUGAGCCGAAAUCGCCGUUGGGCAACGAUGUGGUUUUCGUGGAGAAUGACCCCCAGGUCCAAUGGAUGUAUGAUUGGUAUGACGGCCUAGCGUAUUGUACUUGGAACGCGUUGGGUCAGGAUCUCACGGAAGAGAAAAUAUUAAAAGCCCUCAAUACGCUAAAGGAUAAUGGCAUUAAUAUUGUCAACCUCAUCAUAGAUGAUAAUUGGCAGGCGUUGGAUAACAAGAGCGAGUCUCAGUUCAAACGAGGAUGGAUGGAAUUUGAAGCGAAUAAAGAUGGGUUCCCAAAUGGGCUGAAGCACUUAACUAGCAAAAUACGACAGCAUUACCCGCAUAUCCAACACAUCGCUGUCUGGCAUGCUCUCAUGGGCUACUGGGGUGGUAUCUCGCCUCACGGUCAGAUCGCGAAAGAGUAUAAAACUAAGAUUGUCAAGAAACGUGACGGCGUUGCGGGAGGGAGUAUGUUGACAGUUGAUCCCGACGACAUUCAUCGGUUCUACGACGAUUUCUACAAGUUUCUUUUGGCAGCUGGGGUUGACUCUGUGAAGACAGAUGCCCAAUUCUUCCUCGAUUUGCUCCAGGAUCCUGCUGAUCGGGUCCGAUUCACCACGGCAUACCAAGACGCUUGGUCGGUUGCCUCAUCGCGAUACUUCCAGGCCAAAGCAAUCACUUGCAUGUCGCAGACACCGCAAAUAAUUUUCCAUUCACAGGUACCGACCAACAAGCCAAGGAUGCUCUUGAGAAAUUCCGAUGACUUCUUCCCCAAUAUUCCCUCCUCUCACCCCUGGCACGUGUUUUGCAAUGCACAUAAUGCUCUGUUUACCCAACAUCUCAACGUCAUACCUGAUUGGGACAUGUUUCAGACUAGCCACCCGUAUGCGUCUUUCCAUGCGGCAGCUAGAUGUGUCUCCGGCGGUCCGAUAUAUAUCACUGAUGUACCGGGUGAACAUGAUAUCAACGUCAUCAACCAGAUGACAGCCCCAACAGUCGGAGGUAACACCGUUAUUCUCCGGCCCAGUGUCUUGGGAAGGUCCAUUGACGUAUAUCAUAACUACAACGAAGGUAAGAUGCUCAGAGUCGGCACCUAUACUGGCUGGGCCAAGACUGGCAGCGGAAUUCUGGGCCUUUUCAACGUCAGCGCUCAGAAAAUCAGUUCUAUGAUCUCCAUUCUUGAUUUCCAUGGCGUCUCCCCUGGUAGCGAGGAUAAAUAUUUAAUCCGCGCACAUUCCACUGGGAGAAUCUCACGCAUAAUAAAGCCCUCUGACCAAGAUCCCCUGGUCGCCGUAUCUCUUGAGACGAAGGGCUGGGAAAUUUUAACCGCCUACCCAGUCCGGAGCUUCGAAAUGCCAAAUCCACUUGACAAGGACAAAACCUCAAAUAUAGAGGCCACUACUACCACCACAAGUGUCGCUGUCCUAGGCCUCCUAGGCAAAAUGACUGGCGUGGCUGCUAUUGUGAGCUCAGACAUUUUCCUCGUGGCCAACCGUCGUCUCAGAUUGACGUACGCUGAAGGCAUUGGGAACACUAGGCAUUUACAUUUCCGACAUUGA